AUGGCUGGCGAGUCGAAGACGAUACGAGGCCCAUGUGCCUACUACAUCGAUGAAAAGAAGCACUGUGAAGCAGCUGAUGAUGUAGUGCUGGUCGCAGAAGAGUGCUCAGCUCCGAGCUGCGGCAACUACGUUCACCAUUUCUGCUCGAACAGUGUGCUCGAUGGUAAUUUAGGUUCCAGAGCAUGCUCACCCGCUUGUGCCAGCAUCGUUUCUGGUGCCAUUGCUCCAGAUGGCAACUCCGCUCCAUCAGAAACAAGCGUUGUGGCUACCAAGGGUCGCAAGCCAACUCGUCAAAGAAGAAGAAGCGUCGGUCUGAUCUCCGGAAACACCUCCAAGGGCUACAAGGGCUUGGUAACUGAGCCAGCCACGCCGAGAUCAACAUCUAGUACUAGCGCGCCAAGUGUUGAGGAAACGACACGCUAUGACAAGCCUGGAUACAGUCGUGCUGCAGCUGCCAAGUUCAAGCCACCGACUAACAGUCGAUCUGCUGGCAAGCGCUCGCGAUCGAGCUCUACUGCUGAUGAGUCUACUGACGCUGUCGCUACUCAAAUCUCAAGCGCCCCCGUAGCACAGGCUAAGGUGGUAUCAAAGCCAAACUCACGUGUCAAGACAUAUGAUGACUUUGCUGGUGUUGAUGUGGAAAGUUUAAGUUCGUGUGAUGAGUCUCCUGACGAGCUCAGCAAGAAGUCUGAUGACGACGACGAAAACGAGGACAAGUAG